AUGGCCUCUGAGGACAUGGUGUUCAUCGAAAACGGACCAUCGAUGCAGCUGGUCCCAUCCUCUUCACUCGAAUCUCUAGAUGGAACGAACGCUUCCAGACACAAGGAGUUUCCGCAUACUUACUCACCAGCUCCUCCAACCGUUGCUGCUCCAUCCCUGGGCUGCAACCCAUGCGGGCUUGCUAUUCGAUCUAAGCCUGGGUUCGCUUCUUAUCCGCCUGUACCUGUGAAAUCGCCAGGUCUCCAGCAUUGCUGCCAUGGAAACUGUCAGCAGAAUGAAGUGCUGGCGAAAGUGGAAGACUCGUUCGAGAUGCCUCCAGGUCUUCUCAAUCUCCCGCCACCUCCUGUUUACAAUGGGUCUACAUCGGCGUGGCUGACUCCAGGAGCACGCACAAAGUCUAAAAAGGCUGCUCGGGCACCUCGUUCUCCUUCUCCCACCUGCAAGCCGCCGCCACAAGCAAUUAGUCUGCCUCCUCCACCGCCUGCACCAGUGGUAAUGCCUCCACCUCCGUUUCCACUACCGCCUGUGGCUGGCUCAUUCCCUCCACCGAUGCCGAUGGCUCCUCCUCCGCCAUCCCCUCCAUAUAAGCCUACUAGAUCAAGAGGUCUGCGAUUCUUAGACGACGACUACAGCCAUGUCUCUACCCCAGCAGACCUGAUUCCCAUCCAGUACUCUGGCGAGUCAAACCUCGAUACCGGACGCGUGGUUCGCAUCAUGCCCUUCAACCGCAACGUGCUGACAAUCUUCCACCGCGCCCACAUCACCGACUUCGAAGAGGUGAAAUGGAUACUUCAGCACGGCACCACCGACGUUUGGUACGAGAAGCCCAAGCGUUCGUGGCUCCGUCAGCAGGAAUCAUUCGAGGCCUCCGGAUGCGACACAGACGAGCUAGAGGCUCUAGAGAACGCCAGGCCCGUCAGUCUGGAGACACCGCGGAUCUGGGCCUCUGCUGCGCUCGUCACACCCUCGGAUGAUGACAUCUUCGACUGCACCGCUGGACAUACCCUCGAUGACGCUUUCUCAGGUGCCUGCCCGACCUGCACCGACGAAAAGAGCGAGGCACUGGAUGGAACGCCGCUGGUGUACUAUGUUGUUCUGUCGACAUGUCAAGCGAGUGAGCCUUUCAUACACGGAGCGCACUUCAAUGGCAGACAGAUUCACAAGUUAUUCCGCUGUGGUGGUCGAGAGGCUGCAGUGGCUGAAGCAUUCUAUGCUUCGGGCGUCAAUGGGUGGAGCGUUGCGUUUAGCUGCGUCAUGCGGGCCGACGAUGAGCUCGAGGGAGGAGAAGGGAAGAUCAAGAGGGUUGAUGAGCUGUGGAUGCUGGGCGAAGACGAGGAGGAUGACGACUGCACGAGGGUGUUUUUCUAA